UCCUACCGCACACACUGGGUGAUUGUAUGGGGUGGGUACUGGGUACUUCUCAUCCCACAGGUAUCUCAUGAUGCCUGCGGGUGGUGCUUCAUCCAGGUUGGCGUCCGUGGGAAUUCUCAUUGGGGGUAUUAGUCGGGACUGUGGAUUCUUGGGGAGCCUGAGGAUACUGGAGCUCGAGUCGUUUUCUGCCUGUAUGAAACAAGGGCAGCAGAGUCCAGAAGCAAAUUGUGUUGAUGUCUCGACUAUAACCCUGAUCGAACAGAGUGGAAACAGGGGAGAGCUUGCGUUAGGACAGUCAGCUGCAGUUGUGCGCGAGAGACAAUCGACAGUCGAGUUGACGUCGAGUGAGGAGUCCAAACGCACAAGAUUGACAACGAUGUUAUCGGCGGAGGGAGCAAUGGAUAUCGACGAACAUGAAGAACGGGGCAGCAAGGGAUGGAGUCAGGCAGUGAGCUGCUCUGGUGGUCCCACAUGCUGUGUCGAAGAAGAGCAUGUCGUGGGGUCGUCAAAGGGUCAACUGCUUCCGCUGACAUCCAGGUGUCCAAGCCUGAUGGAUCGCUCGGAAAGCUUGGUUGGUAGGAACGAGGGUGUGAAGAAAGGGACGGUUGGCAAUGUAUGUAGCUCUAUUGCUGAGCAAAAUGCGUGCAUGCCAGAGCAGAAGCUGGGCAUGGCAAUCGAGGCUGCAUUGAGCUUGAAGCAGGAGAUAGCGAAAAUAAUGGCACCGUUCGAAAGGGUUGUCAAGCACAUCAGUGGCAGGGGCAGAGACGAGAGCGAGGAUGCACUUGGCAGUGCAGAGUUAGAUGCUCUGAUCGAUCUUCGGAACCGACAGGCAAAGAUCGCCAGAGGAAGGAGGAGGAGGAAGCGGAAGCGAUGCGAAGUGGCAACAAUACUCCGCAGA